CCAUCCUCUAUCCUCCUGUGGAAGCAAAACUCAUCUUUCUCUCUCUUUUGGUGAACUCUCCUGUCAAAGACUUUUGUGGGUUCAAUCAGUCCCAUUAUUAGACUCUCUCUCUCUCUCUGUCUCUCUCUUUCUCUGUGAUAUCUUACAAUCAAAGGGGAGAAAAGAAAUGGAUGUUAACGAGAGGAACUGCCUCCAGAGUGAUGACCAAGAGGAAGAAAUGGGGAUGGAGGAGCUCCGGCGAGGGCCGUGGACGGUGGAGGAAGACCUCACCCUCAUCAACUACAUCGCUCUCCAUGGCGAGGGCCGCUGGAACUCCCUCGCUCGCUCUGCCGGCCUGAAGAGGACUGGAAAGAGCUGUCGGUUGCGGUGGCUCAACUAUCUCCGCCCCGAUGUUCGCCGCGGGAACAUCACCCUCGAAGAGCAGCUCCUGAUCCUCGAGCUCCAUUCCCGGUGGGGCAACCGGUGGUCCAAGAUCGCCCAGUACUUGCCUGGAAGAACCGACAACGAGAUCAAGAACUACUGGAGAACUCGAGUGCAGAAGCAUGCGAAGCAGCUACAAUGCGACGUGAAUAGCAAGCAGUUCAAGGACACGAUGCGGUACUUGUGGAUGCCAAGGCUAGUCGAACGGAUCCAGGCUGCUUCCGGAUCUGCCGCAUCCUGCCCUGCCCCCGCUGCCUCCAGCGGAGUAACAUCUCCGGGCGGAUCCACCAUCACCACCAUGACGGGCAGUGGCAACCACCACUUCGAUAACAAGAUUGAAUCAUCUUCACUAGGGGCAAGCCACGGGGUCAUCCUAGAGAAUUCCAGCACGAGCGUGUCAUCGUCAUCAGAUUCGUUCGGCGCGCAACAGGUUUCUCCUAUUUCAGAACUCACGGAUUACUACCCAAUCCCGGUUAACGAAAACCCAGAUCCCGAUUAUUUCUACACCAGCCAAGGGGGAGGCUAUCAACUUGAUCAGACCCUAGCCGGUCCAUGCGAGGGAUACUACAAUAACUAUGGAUUGCUAGAUUUUCAACCAACGGAGCACAACAAUAAUUAUCAUUACUGGGACGGUGGGGACGCGUCGGGCAACUUGUGGACUGUUGAGGAUAUUUGGUAAACGAAUCACGAUAUCUAAAUUUGGUGAAUUUAAUGAUGUUUUUAUAAUUAUCCGAGUGUAAACAAAUCAAGAACUGUGAAGAGAAAUUAUAUGAUUUAGGGAAAAGGUUAAUUCACCAAAAUAGAAUAAUUAUAUAUGUAUGUAGGGGGAUACCGGUAGCAUUAUUGGCUAUGAAAAGAUAUUGGGGGGGAAGGAGUCUAGUUUAUUACACUCUUGGAUUCUCCUCUUUGCUUGUUUAAUUUCUUUCUUUCUUUCUUUUUUUCUUUUAAUUUAGUUUCUUUAUUGUGGGGGAAUUUGUAAUUGGAGAUGGUUCUUCUCUGUAUGAUUAAUCUAAUUCUCUUGGGGAUGGACUUUGAUUUGCAGUC